AUGGACCCUUUUGCCAGAAAACAUAACGCGAAAAAGGCACGAUCAAGAAGGUCAAUGCUUUUGAAAGAGAACCGUUCCAAACGUCAAAAAUACAAUCCUCACCAACAGUUGGCCCUUGAUGCAGUUAUUAAUACUCCAAUGUCAAUCACGCCGAGGCAACCUUUGUCCGAGUUGAUUCCAUCACUUCAAAACAGUACUACAAGAACGAGAAUUUCAGGACAGUCAGUUGGUAUAAGUUUAGGUUUUGAAGGUUCGGAACCUAGCGUAACAAGACAGGCCUUUAAGACAAAUAUAAGGUCCCGACCGAUAGAUACUUUGGCAACAAAUCUAUUUUCAAAAUUUGCAUCCAGUUCUACGGCGAAGGAAAAUGAGGGCUUUACUCCUUCCUCAUUGAAAGCUAAUCAAAACCGGUCUCCUCAUGAAAACAUUGUCGGUGAAGCUGGAAGUUCUUCUACAAUACACACACCAGUUAGAGGUAGGCCUAAGAAUCACUAUGGAGUUCCAAAUAUGGCUAGGAACUUAACCAGAAAGUUUCCUAUACUGGAAAGAGAGGAAGGGCAUCACACAACGAAUGGUUUGCUCGGUUGCACCGGACAAACAAGUAAUCCAACUAUGGCAGAACAACAACCGUGCCAUACAAACCACGCGUCGCAUGCCAUAGCAAAACCGAGUAGUGUCAUUAACACACCGCCACCUGCUCGGCAAAUAGGCAAGAUAUCCAACAAUCAUGUUUCUCACGAGGUAACGCAAGUGUCACAGUCCACGACCAAUCAUCAGCGUAGAACGGAGCCAACGUGUCCUAUUUUUACACCUACGGUUAAUAUGGAUUUUAAUAGCGACUCCGAUGAGGACAGCGACUACGACCCGUUUGCAACAUACCUAUCCGACGAGGAAAACUGUUCAGACUCAGAAGAUCUUGAAGCACCUUUUACAAUCAAUGACAUCGCAACCGGACAUUCUGAAGAAUAUUACGAUAUCGGUUCCCCUCUUAUCGAAUGUUGUUAUUGCAAAGCAAUGAUGUGGUAUCAAGAAAGGAUGCACAAAAGUACACAUUCAGCUAACCCAAAGUUUAUGAUGUGCUGUGGUAACGGCAAAGUUGAACUACCAAUGCUAAAACAGCCUCCUGAGCAACUUGCAAAACUUUUAUUUGAUAAUGACAGUAUAGUUAGCCGGAAGUUUCAACAACAAAUCCGACUAUACAAUAUGAUGUUUGCAUUCACAUCACCGGGAGCAAAGAUAGACAAUCGUUUUAACAAUGGUCGCGGCCCUCCAACAAUGAGGAUACAAGGUCAAACGUGUCAUCGAAUUGGGAGUUUGCUGCCUCCUCAAGGGAAAAAACCAAAAUUUGCACAGUUAUAUAUAUAUGACACGGAAAAUGAAGUCGAAAACCGGAUGCAUGGCGUUAGACUUAUAAAUCCUCACUGUCACCUUUUCUACAAGGCCAUUCAAGUAUUGACAACUUUGUUUUCUAAUGUCAGGAGCAAGGAGAACAUUGAUUCUGAUGUUGUAAACCAGUUGUCCAAUAUGCUGUACGAAUUCAAUCCUCAUGCAAAGAGCUUUCAAAUGGCAAAACAAUGGUUAAACAAUGGGGAAACUCAAAACCUCAAGUUACGCCUCGUUUCUAAUCGAUCCACCAAUGGAAGGGUGUAUAACCAACCUACUGUGUCUGAAGUUGCAACCUUGGUUGUUGGUGAUAUUGACACGGCAGAAAUGCGUGAUAUCAUUAUGCAAACAAGAGGAGGGGGACUUCAGAGAAUCAACGAACUGCAUGCUGCUUACAUGGCUUACCAGUAUCCUUUGAUUUUUCCUUAUGGUGAGGACGGUUAUAGACCUGAUGUAGCUCAUAGGGACUUGCCUUCCAACAAUAACAACGUACGAAAUAGGCUCACAAUUCGGGAAUUUUUGGCAUACCGCAUUCAAACCAGGUUAAAUGAAGCUAAGACUUUAUUGUCUUCUAGAAGGUUGUUCCAGCAAUUUCUGGUAGAUAGUUACACAAUGUUAGAGUCGGAGAAACUUGAAUGGCUACGUAAAAAUCAACCAAAACUUCGAGUUUCCAAGUACAACUCUUUAAAUGAAGAGGGAGACCAGAGUCAAGCCCAAGGGAACAACAUAGGUAAACGAGUGGUUUUUCCUUCCUCCUUUGUCGGAGAUCGUAGGUUUAUGGAUCAAUUGUUUAUUACCUUUGCUUGUAAUCCUAAUUGGCCUGAGAUUCAAAGAGUACUUAGACCUCUUCAUUUGAAACCUCACGAUCGACCGGAUAUCAUCUCAAGAGUCUUCAAAAUCAAGUUUGAUCAAUUGCUUACAUAUUUAACCAAAAAAGGUGUUCUCGGCAAAGUACUUGCCUAUAUGUACACCAUCGAGUUUCAAAAGAGAGGAUUGCCUCAUGCCCAUAUAUUGAUCUUCUUGCAUCCUUCAAACAAAUAUCCAGGUCCAGAAGACAUUGACAAGAUCAUUAGUGCUGAAGUGCCCGAUCCCGAAACACACCCUCGGUUGUACAGUUUGGUCAAAGCUCACAUGGUUCAUGGUCCUUGUGGUUUGGCAAAUCCCAAAACACCUUGCACGAAAGAUGGGAGGUGCACCAAGUUUUACCCUAAGAAAUUUCAACCUACGACUAUUGUGGACCAAGAAGGGUAUCCUGUUUAUACGAGAAGAGACAACAAACACACCAUUGAGAAAAAUGGACUCAUCUUUCACAGUGGUCAUGUUGUUCCUCACAAUCCAAGUUUGUUGUUGAAGUACGAAGCCCACAUUAACAUGGAAUGGUGCAACCAAAGUACUUCUAUCAAAUACCUUUUCAAGUAUAUAAACAAAGGUUCCGAUAGAAUUUCUGCAAUCAUACAAGGCCAAGAUAAAAACAACGUCGACGAGAUCAAACAAUAUUUGGAUUGUCGAUACAUCUCCCCAAGUGAAGCAUGUUGGAGGAUAUUUUCCUAUUCUAUACAUGGCAGAAAGCCAGCCGUAGAAAGAUUGUUUUUUCACAUGGAAGGUGAAAACUCUGUGUACUACAAAGACUAUGAGCAGGUUGGUGAUGUGUUGCUCAAACCAAGUGUAACAGAGUCUAUGUUUACAGCAUGGUUCGAAGCAAACAAAACUUAUGAAGAAGCAAGAUUACUAACUUAUGGGGACUUUGUUUCUAAAUUUGUUUAUCAUAAACGAAGUCGAAGUUGGAAACCAAGGAAACGAGGGUAUACCAUUGGUCGACUCAUUUGGUUUCCUCAAAGCACUGGCGAGUUGUUUUAUUUAAGGAUGAUACUCACUGUCAAAAAAGGUCCGUUAUGCUAUCAAGACAUCAAGACGGUUGACGGUAAGAAGCUAAAAACUUUUAGAGAUGCAUGCUUUGCAAUGGGAUUUUUACAAGAUGAUCGUGAAUUUGUCGAGGCCAUCAAAGAGGCACAUCAGUGGGGUUCAGGUCAUUUUUUACGCAAGCUAUAUGUUACCAUGUUACUAUCUUCAUCGAUGAAUAGACCCGAACAUGUUUGGAGAAAGACUUGGAUGUAUUUAUCAGAUGGCAUUCUUUAUGAUCAACGAGUCUUCGCAAGAGAUCAAGGUCUAACAAUGAGUGAUGCCGAGCUAAAAGAACGGACACUCAUGGCUAUUGAAACACUAUUGCAAAAUAAUAAUCGAACUUUGAAGGACUUCAAGACAAUGCCAUAUCCGAAAGAUUAUGUCGAAUCCUUUACAGGAAAUCGACUCUUUUAUGAUGAACGUCAAUAUGAUGUUCUUGCUCAACAACAACUCUUUGAAAGUCUCUACGCUUCUCUUACAGCAGCACUUAGGUCUAAGAAAAAAAUUGUUUUGCCGGUUGCUUCAAGUGGGAUUGCAAGUUUGUUGUUACCAGGUGGAAGAACAGCUCAUUCUAGAUUUAAGAUUCCUGUCCCUACUUUAGAAACCUCUAUAUGCAACAUUGAAAAACAAGAUGAUCUUGCUGAGCUUCUAAGGAUGACAAAUCUAAUCAUAUGGGAUGAGGCUCCUAUGGCUAACAAGUUUUGCUUUGAAUCAGUCGACAAAUCCUUGAGAGAUAUUAUGAGUGGAACCACACAUGCAUCUAAAAGAGUUUUUGGAGGAAAGGUUGUUGUGUUUGGAGGUGACUUCCGACAAAUUCUCCCUGUUAUACCAAGAGGUACUAGAUCUGAUAUUAUCCUUGCAACAAUCAAUGCUUCUUACAUUUGGGAUCAUUGUAAAGUCUUGAGGCUCACAAAGAACAUGCGCUUGCAAACUGGUCAACCUACUUCUACAGCUGAUGACAUAAGGAGUUUUUCUGAGUGGAUUUUAAAAAUUGGAGAUGGGACCAUGUGUGAGCCAAAUGAUGGCUACGCUGAUAUUUGUAUUCCAGAUGAGUUCUUAGUUUCUAACUUUUCAGAUCCGAUUAAGGGAAUUGUUGAAGAUACGUACCCUGAUCUCAUUCAUAACUAUCUUGAUUCCAAUUAUCUUCAAAGUCGUGCGAUCUUAGCUUCAACAAUCGAAGUAGUCGAUGAUAUCAACCAAUAUAUAACAAACCUUCUUCCAGGAGAAGAGAAAGAAUACUUUAGCAGUGAUUCUAUUGAUAAAUCUGAUGCAAAUAGCUUUGGUGCAUAUGAGCACGUGACACCCGAGUUCCUAAAUGCUCUUAAGACUUCGGGAUUGCCGAACCAUUCAAUAAAGUUAAAAGUUGAGGCCACUAUUAUGUUAAUGCGCAACCUAGACCAAUCUGAAGGUUUGUGCAAUGGUACAAGGCUAACUGUUACCAGGUUUGCUGCUCAUGUCAUUGAAGCUAAGAUCAUUUCUGGAAAAAAUGUUGGUAACUUAUUUUAUAUUCCUAGAAUGUCUUUGUCCCCUUCACAAUCACCAUGGCCACUUAAACUGGUGAGACGCCAAUUUCCAAUUAUUGUUUCCUUUGCCAUGACUAUUAACAAGUCGCAAGGCCAAUCACUUGACAAUGUUGGUUUGUACUUGCCAAAAGAAGUUUUUAGUCAUGGCCAAUUAUACGUGGCUAUCUCAAGAGUCAAAUCCAAAAAGGGAUUAAGGAUUCUUAUUCAUGACAAAGAUAAAGAACCUAUGCUCUCUACCACCAAUGUUGUAUUCAAAGAAGUGUUCCAUAACAUUUGA